AUGGCGCCGCUGGGACAGCUGACCAAGAAGGACAAGAAGAAGGAGAAGGCGUCUGAGAAGAAGAACCGGGGUAAGAAGGAACCCAAUGGGAAGCUUCCAGAAUUAGACCUCGAGGAUAUCACAGUGGCCGAGCCUGAACUAGCUCCAGAACCAGUUUCUGCCCCCAAACCUGCCCCUAAGCAUACCCCUACCCCUGCUCCUGAACCAACCCCUGCUCCCAAACAUGCCCCUGAACCUACCUCUACCCCUGCUCCUGAACCAACCCCUGCUCCAGCUCCCCCUGCUGUAGAGGCCUCCCCUGCUCCAAAGAAGAAGAAGAAAGAGAAAAAGAUGAUGGCUAAGGUUGAGCCAGCCCUGGCUGCUCCUGCCCCAGCCCCCAUGGCCCCCUCCAAGCCCGCCCCUGCCGCAGCAGCCCCCAUGGCCCCCUCCAAGCCCGCCCCUGCCGCAGCAGCCCCCAUGGCCCCCUCCAAGCCCGCCCCUGCCGCAGCAGCCCCCAUGGCCCCCUCCAAGCCCACCCCUGCAGCCCCAGCCCCCAUGGCCCCCUCCAAGCCUGCCCCAGUCCUGGAGGCUGUCACCAAGGAGGUCCCUGUGAUGGCAGUGCCCCCGGUGGGCUCCCAGAGGACUGCAGCCAAGGCUCCGGAGACCAAGGCACAUGACCUUUCCAAGAAGAAGACGUCCUCCAAGAAGAAGACUGAGUCUGUGUUGGACUCUGGUUUGGAUUCCCCCCUGUUCCUGCCCUACAAGGCCCUGGUCUCAACCGUUAGCAGUAUGGUCUUCAGUCAGGGAGAGGCCCAGCGCCUCCUAGAGAUCCUCUCUGACAAGGCUGGCAUCAGACAAGACACCUGGCACGUGGCUACUCAGAAGGGCGACCCAGUGGCUGUGUUGAAGAAACAGUUGGAGGAGAAUCAGAAACAGCUCGCUACUCAGCAGGAGGAUGCCUCUGCAGCCAAAAACAGACUCCGGGAACUCAGCAAGGAGCUCUCUGCUGAGAAGUCCAAGGUGGCCAGUGUGGAGACCAGGCUGAGUUCCCAGCUCUCAUCCAGGGAGCAGGAGAUGAUCGCCCUCCAGGCUCGUAUGCAGGCCUCCUACCAGGACCACGUAGCCCAGACACAGAAACUCAACGCCAAGGUCCUCAGUCUACAGGAGCAGUUGGAGUCUGGUCCCACGGCCCAGCUGGCUCGUCUGCAGCAGGAGAACUCUAUUCUCAGAGAUGCCCUGAACCAGGCCACAAGCCAGGCAGAGAGCAAACAGAAUGCAGAGCUGGCCAAGCUGAGACAGGAUUGUGCCAAACUGACCAAGGAGCUGGGGGAGAAGAGUGUGAGCCUUAAGACUGAUGAGGUCAUCAGGACUGGACUGGAGGCUAAGGUGUCUUCUGUAGAGAAACAAUUGUCUUCACUACAGGCCAGUCAUGCCGAGAGUGAACAGGAGCUGCAGAGGAGGCUGGAGGAGGUCAGUGAGGAGCUGAGGAGUUCUCAGAGGACCCUGGAGAAAGCCCAGCAGGAUGCUACCACCCUUUCAGAUCUCCAGGUCCAUCUGGGCAGUGUAGAGGAUGAUCUGAAGGAACGUGGGGCCCAGCUGGAGGCCCUCAAAGCCCAGCUGGAGCAGACUGAGCUGGAGAAGGGACAGCUGGAGGACCAGGUGGGAUCCAUUAAUGUACUUCUCGAGGCCAGCCAGAACAGAGACGAGAAUGAGGACUUGGAGAUGUGGAGUUGGUCUUUUCUCAACAACACCAAUCAUUUCUCUUCCAGUCUUCAAGACCAAGACGUUCAGCUGGCGUCACUCCAAGAGGAGCUGAAACAGCUCAAAGAAAUGAAACGGGAGGCAGCGAUGACUGCAGUCAUUACAGCUGAGACCGAGCAGGCACCUAACAGUGAGGACAGAUGCCUGGUGGUGUCCCUUCAGGAAGAACUGAAACAGCUUAAAGAAGAGAUGGAACAACUACUAAACUCUCCCGUAGCGCCCCAAAGUUUGGCGCUAAAAUCGGCUGAUGUCUCAGGAGAGUCUGAUCAGCUACUCAAUGGUCUGGAGAAGAGUGAGAGCCAGGAAGUAACACUAGAAGAGGAAGACAUUCAACUCAAAGAAGAAUCUGAACAGGCCCAGAGCAGCACCAUUCAGUCGCACAACACAGCAGAACUGGCCGCGCUACAAACCAGUCUGGCAGAGAGAGAAGCUAUGAUGAAAUCACUACGAGAGGAGCUAAGGGAAGCUAGGGACCAAUCACAGAAGGUACAGGAGAUCCUCGCUCAGGUCCAGCAGAGCCAAGAGUCCCAGCCGAGCACAGAGCUGCCGGAGCUGUUGGAGAAACUGAAGGAGGCAGAGGACAGCCACGGGACACUGCAGGCACAGUGUGACCAGUACAGGACAAUCCUGGCUGAAACCGAAGGAAUGCUGACGAACCUUCAGAAGAGUGUUGAGGGGGAGGAGCUGGUGUGGAAGUCCAAGAUGGCCGACUCUGAGGACCAGUUGAAGAAGGCCCUGGAACAAGUGCAUACUCUGGAGGAGACUGCAGAGAGCUUGAAGACAGGAAACCAAAGCAUAGAACAGCUGAAGGAGCAGGUGACGCUUCUGGAAGCCCAGUUGGAGAAACAGUCUGAGACGGAGGAGGAAAUGGCACAGUUGAAGAAGCUGCUGUCAGAGUCUCAGAGCCAGCUGGAGUCGGCCCAGACGCAGGCCCAGACGCAGGCCCAGACGCAGGCCCAGACGCAGGCCCAGACGCACAGGGAAGAGCUGGCUACGGUAAGUGUCAGAGGUCAGCUGAGUGAGGCGACGGAGCACGCUCAGAGCCAGAAGGCGGUCCCUGAGGCCGGGGCACAGAACGGACAAUCGGAGCCCGAGGUCCAGUCCCAGUUGAGUCAAACCACGGAGGAGUUUGAACAGGCUCAGAAGACUGUAGAACUCCAGGCUCAGAAGACUGUAGAACUCCAGGCUCAGAAGACUGUAGAACUCCAGGCUCAGCUGGACAUUCUGAAAGAGGCAGGAGACUCCCCACAGGCUGACACAGAGGACGUAGCCCAGCUAAAGGAAGAGAGUUCAGGACUGAAGGAAGGAACAUCUGUUUAAGAGACUGAAGACGUGACACUUAAACAUGAUUAUCAUAGUUAUGCAUUCCAAAACUAUUAGUUCUUGUACUGUAGUAGUUGAUUGCUGCAACUCCUAUAAAAAAUGUAUAAAAAAAUCAAAGGGCCAGUUUCCCGGACGCUGAUUUAAGCCUCUUCCGGAACUGAAAUGCAUGCUCAGUGGAGAAUCUCCCUUAAAGAAACGUGUUAGCCAGGGACUAGGCUUAAUGUGUCGGGGGGAAAACCGGCUCAAUCUUUCUGGGUCAUUCCACCAAUUCGGUGCCUUAUCAAAUGUGUAACUUGGUGGGGGGAUUUUUUUUUUUUUUUUAUUCUUUUCGUUCUGUCAUAAAGAGAACAUGUUCAACACAAUAAAAAUGUUUCCCA